AUGGAUUCAAUCUUGCAACUUCUUGGCGCAUGUUUUCCGUGCUUUCCAGACCUAUCCAUUCCCUCCGUGUGGAUCAAUAAUGACAAGUACAAGAUCAUCAAGCUUUUAGGUGAAGGUGGCUUCUCAUACGUUUACUUAGUACACGGUUCAUAUUCAGCGGCAGGAGCUACAACAACAACAACAACAACAACAACAACACUUCACUCUUCCUCUUCUCCUUCUUCCUCAUCAUCGUCGUCGCCAUAUGCUCUCAAGAGGAUCAAUUGUCCUUUUGGGGUCCAGGAUGAGACAUACAAAAAUGCAAUGAGGGAGAUCAAAAAUUAUCACAGGUUUACCGCUUCAAAGACGCCGUAUAUUAUUCAGUCAAUCGAUGAGAGUAUAGUGACCAAUCCCGAUGGACUGGGACAGAUUAAUAUCCUCUUGCCAUAUUUUGAGAGAUCAUUGCAAGAUAUCAUCAAUGAACACGUCUUGAGUAAUACCAAGAUGGAUGAAGGCGAUAUAUUGAGGACAUUCAUUGGUAUAUGUCGCGGGCUAGAAGUAAUGCAUAACUACAAGUCACAUAAAGCCGUCACCAAUGAAAUCAAUGGAGGAAACUCAAAUAUAUCUCGCAACGAAGAAGCCGAAGAAGAAGAGGCUGCGUUGUUGCCUCACGACGGCGAAGAGGAUGCAGUUGGGGUUGAGCCGGAUAGCAAUAGCAAUAAUAUUGAUGGAGAUGAUUCAAACGAAAUACUGUUACUGUUACUGCUGCUGCUGACCAAAAUACCAUAUGCCCACCACGAUCUCAAACCGGCAAACGUGAUGUUCUCCUCCUCUGGGUUACCCGUACUUGUUGACCUUGGCUCCUGUUCCAAAGCUAGAAUCCAUGUUACCACGCGGCAACAAGCUCUAACAGUAACAGAUUUUGCACAAGAACACUGUACUUUGCCAUAUCGUGCACCAGAGUUGAUGGAUGUCUCAACAGGUGCCAAAAUUACCGAGGCUACAGACAUAUGGUCAUUGGGCUGUCUACUAUACUGCUGUUGCUUUGGGUACUCGCCGUUUGAAAAAUUGGAGAUUCAACAGGGCGCUAACUUAAACAUUGCCAUCGUUCAGGGGAAAUACGAAAUACCUGAGGAUAGAGCCGGUUAUAGUGAAGAGCUUGUGGAGAUGAUUAGGAAAUGUUUACAAGUUAAAGCAGAAAAACGUCCAUCCGCAGCUGAGCUAGUUGAAGAGGCAUUGGAUAUAACUAGAAUGUAUCAGAGACAGUAA